GGCCAAGUUCAUGUUGGGCAGUCGACAUCAACAACUCCAUGAAGCAAGAUAAAAACCCGAGACGGGCUGCUUCUGCCCGAUGUGCGCUCGCUCCCAACGACUCGCCACUCACCCUACAUCCAUCGGCUUACAAGAACUGCCCGAGACUCGCUACAACGUCGGGCAGUCCAAGAUGAAAUACCAUCUCCUUGUCAUCGCUGCCCUGUGUACCCUGAGUCUUGCCGCACCCGGCUCGUUGUUCAGUAGCCUACGGAACAAGGCCAACUGGAAGCCCGCGAACUGGUUCAGGAAACGCCCACCCAAGUACAUGGACGAGACGGGCCCCCCGCCCCCCUACUCUUCCGUGCCCCCCCCGCCCCCCUACUCUCCCGAGCCUCCCUGCCCUCCGAAGUCCCCCAAGAUGGAGAUUGCCACAGCCACUUGGCACGGAUGUUGUUCCGGCGCCAUGCCGGGCCGCUGUGUAGUGGCAAAGUACCAGGGCUUACACGACGGUCUAUACUACCUGCAUAACGGGGUGUACACCAAGGAGCAGUACGAUAUUGCGUCCAAGACGGAGUUCUUCCCCCCAUCCACGACGUCAUAUCUAGACAAAGAAUGUGACUAUGAUUCGUUUUGCGAGAGCGAAGGAGGGUCUUGCUCGCUGAAGGCGGGCAAAGACUGGGCCAAAUGUGGCUCGGGCUGACUAUUGAUGCUGCUCCAGGCAGGCUGCCAUGGAAGGGGAGGACGGGCAUGCAUGCCGAGUCGUGGUGGAGAGGACUGGAGUUGUCCGGCGCUGGAACCGGGUGGAUUCCCCGAAUAAACCUCCUCGGAGCACACAGAGAGCGGAGAGCUUGUCAGAUGCGGAGACGGUCAUCCCCGUCAGUGUUCAUUCAUUUCACCAGCAUGGUCCUGGAAGGUCACGAUAGCCGCUCGCUUGGGAUCAAUUGAUCCAUCAAUGUGGAGGACUCUGGGAUAAGUCACUUUAAAGUGUUUUUUGUUUUUGUUUUGUGUGUGCAAGAUAAAUAUAUGUAGC